AUUGGGGCUGUUCACAGGGAGUUGGCCUGUUUCCAGGUAAUUUCUUCCCCACACUACUCCGUGGUUUUGGAUUAUCCCUGGCUUCAGAAGCACAAUCAAACCUUUAAUUGGCGGUCGGCCGAGAUUCUCUCGUGGUCUCCACAGUGUGUGGGGUCAGUUGCAUCCGUUGCCUUUUUGGGCUACAUCAUUUCCGCUGUGGGAUUCUCCAUGGACCCUCAGAAGGUUUCAGUGGUUCUGCAGGGGCUUUAUCCCAGUGGUCUUCGGUCCAUUCAGCGCAUUUUGGGAUUCGCCAGCUAUUAUCGGACGUUUAUCAGAAACUUCUCCACGCUGGCCAAG